AUGUUCAUUAACGUGGAAUACGGAGACGGCAAAACCUUGUUGGUGAACCCCGACUGUAAUGCUGUGGUGUUACAGGAUUAUGUAAGGAGGGCGUGUGGUAUCCGCCCAAAAGUGGUCGUAGACUUGAGUGAUGAACAUGCCAGUCUAGUGGAACUGUUCAACAAACCCCCACACGAGAAUAUGUUCGACUACUUCAUGCCACGAAGUACAUUUGUGUUGGUACAAAUUGAUAAAGGCGCUGAUGGCAGCAUCUCAAAGGUAACUCCUCUACUGACAGACUGGGAGAAGAAAUAUCCUUUUAUGGAGAGAAAGCUGAGACAGCGCGACAAAAAAGCCAAACAGAUUAUCGCUCAAGAGAAGGAUAACAAGGGAGGCCGGGGCAGUAAGCUGUGUGUUAAAAGUGAUUCUCCCACAUCCCAAACUCCAAGCAAACAUAAUCUCAGAAACGGAAAGAACUCCGCUAAGGGAGACAACCGUACCCUUAAUGUAACACAUGAUGAUACUCCACCUCCAAAGAAAACCAGUAGCAAAGGCAAGAAAAAGCAGCUACACUAA